CAGCUUUUUUAACAUUCUUGCGCGCGAAUCUCGUGCUGCCACACUCAGCCAUGUCCUCCACUGUCUCUACGCCGGCUCUUGAGCCACAUUCAUCGCAAACACUCCCGCCUGUGUCGCCAUCUCCGCACGCGGCCCGCCCUGCCCAGGGUGCUCUUGAUGGCGACCUUCCGCCACUCUCCCUCGAAAUACUGACCGACCGCGCCGACAAGGCCGCUGCGCUUAAGCUCAUUGCCGACAGCAUCGCCCAGCAGCGCCAACAAGCCUCCUUUUACCUCAUCUUCCACCCUCUACCCCUCGCCGGCCUGCUUGCCGUCCUCGCGGUCGUCUACCACUUUGCCCGGACGCAAAACAUGUCCAACGAACUCGGCACAACAAUGAUGCUCGCAAGCGGGGUCACCAUGACGUACCUCAUCGGAAUCCGCUUCCUCACGUCGGGCUACCUGCAGGCGGCGGAGCGUAUCACGUGGGAUUUCCUCACGCCACCGGGCUCUGCGCCCGCAUCUGCCGGCGGGCAGGAGGACCUGGUGAUAGGCACGCGCUUCGGCAAGGACAUAAUCGGGGCGCUCGUGCUCCGCCUGGAACGGCCGUCCUCCUCGGAGGGCGGCGGCAGCGGCGGCGGCCGGCGCAAGGCGCACAGCCGGCAGAACAGCCUCAAGGGCGGCAAGGGCGUGAUCCGCGCGUGGACGACGAAGUUGCGGUACCGCGGGAAGGGCGUGGGCGGCGACAUGCUCCGGGAAGCCGUGCGCGUGACGCGCGAGCGGUGCGGCAAGGACGCCGAGGUCGGGUUCGCGCAGGAGCACGCCAACAGCGUCAGGGUGCUGCCGGAGCGGUUCAACAAGCCUUUCAGGAGGAAGGAGAUGCGAGCGGCGAGGGCGCUAGAGUCGGUGCUGGCUGAGUGGGACGGGAGGAAACGGUGAAGGGUGGAGAGGUGGGCCUGGGCCUGGCGAGGGAACUUGGAUAGACCUCGGAAUCUCGAACCUUUGACGAUUGGCCAAGCCAGCCAUGAGUGGGAUGGGGGUUACGGUUGUCCCUGGAUAUGGAACGGCGUUGGAAAGGCAAGGAACAGGGCGUUUGUCGAUGACCUGUUUUCUCCAAGGAUAUUCCAUACCACAUAGACCUUUGCUUAAUGAUACCUCGGGCUCGCUGGUGCUUUGGAGUUGAAUCACUUGUGUU